UAAACUUCCUGUAAGGGGGUGGCCUAAGUGACACAAUCAAAGAUCUGUUUUGAAGUGUUUUAAGCUAUGGAUGAAUUACCUGCGGACAUCAGAGCUUUUCUUCUUACGCAGCCUUUUCUUCAGCUCACAGAUAGUAAAAAGAUCAAGUGCACUCUGAAUGGCCACGAGUUUCCCUGCAACCUGACGGAGCUGCAGAAGUUCACUAAAGGGAAGAAAUACGAGAAGCUGUGUGCUGCAGCAGACUUCAACUACAGCCAAUAUGAGCCACACAUUGUGCCGAGCACGAAGCAACCCAAUCAGCUCUUCUGCAAGCUGACCCUCAGACACCUGAACCGGCAGCCGCAUCACGUCCUAAGACAUGUGAACGGGAAACGCUUCAAGAAAGCCCUCUCCCAAUAUGAAGAGUGUGCGCGCCAAGGGAUUGAAUUCACCCCAGCGAGACUCAAACAGAAAAGGCCCAGAGACACAGAAGAGAAGGUCAAUCGGGGCAGGGACUCAAAACACAGGAACAGCUUGUGGGAACCCUCAUCCAGCGAUGAGGAUCACAGCGACUCAGAGGACAGCAUGAGUGACCUCUACCCUCCCUCUUUAUUCACUUUAAAAAACACAACAGAAGAAAAUACGGAGGUCAACAGGGAUGAAGAGGAAGAUGACUUUCAAACAGAUGAAGAUGAGGAGAUGGAGGUGGAUGCACAGGUGCUGCAGAAACGCAAGAAGGUCCAGGGCGGUGGUUUUCAGAAGAAAUUCAGAAAUAACCACUGGAAAUCAGGGCGUAAAAAACGUGGAAAAGUGCAAAGUGGGAAGUAAAGCACAACACUAUAUAUGUGUAGUGUUUUUGCAGCACGACACAUUUUUUUGGGAGCAACACUGCACUUCCAGUUUGGAGUAGUAUCCCAGUGUCUUAGCCAACCUGAACAUUGUAUGAGCGAACAUCCAUUCGAUGUUUCAUAUUUUCUGCAUAUGAAAUAUUAACUGGUUUCCAAGUUGUGAUGUUCCCAACAAGGGCGGGUUUACAUGACAUGGAAAAUGUGUUAGUGGCAGUACACACAUUAUUUUCCCUGGAUAAGCUGUUUUUUCUGGUUUGCAACCAAGAGCGCAAAAAUAAAUACAACGCAGUUUGGA